AUGGUCCGCAACUCCAACCGCAGACGAGACCCCACUUUCAUUGUCAAUAACCUCAAUACUGGAACAUCACGCCACAGCCGUAGCACCCGAGCCCAGUUGAGACACCAAGCCGAGGAGAUUCAAGACCGGCAGGCCUUUCUUGAGGAAGUAUCUAUAGCACAAGAACUUGGUUUUGUCGAUAGCAGCUAUGCACGAGGAAUCCCGGGGCCUCCAACCGGACCGACAGAUGAACUCCCAGACCCAGUCAUCACAGGCAACUAUGUCGACCUUGAUACUCAGCAACAAACAGAUGAAGCAGAAGCACAACUUCCAUGCGCUGCCCAUGCCGCCUAUCAUCGAGCUCGACGUUACGCAGAAGCACGAGAACGAUUAAGCCAGCGAUGGACCGAACUUGAAGAACAAGCCACCGCUGCCUUCCUCCUGUGCCAAAAAAUAACGAUGAACUGGCAAGUCCAUGUUAAUCCGAAGAACAGUAAUUUCAGCCUCCUUGGAGGUACUUGUACAUGUGAUCCAGCACAUGUUGUCUACAGAAACAUGGACCUUUUUGAUUUUCUUCAUCAAGAGUCAGCCGUACGAGUACCUUUUUGCCUUUGCAUCCCAGAUGUAGUACGACUUAUCCACUAUGGAUACAUUGCCAGCUCCCCUGAUGUGCCACGAACAGCAUUCUCAAUUCGACUUCUUGAAUUCCACGAUUGCAUCUGGAAAACCGCUGUUGUCUCCACCACAUCUUUUGUCCAGGCACUUUCCACCUUCUUGUCACAACGAAAUACUGCUCCAAUCUAUGCUCGUGGCUCAAACUAUCGGAAACGCAACUUGCGAGUACCGUUCUCGCACAGUAAGGAUUUAUAUUCUCGAAUUCAAGUCCUCAAAAAACAAAUCUUUGUCGAAGGAUUACAACUCAGCCGGACUGAGCAAUGGGCAAACCAGUGCCCGUGCUGCUUUGGUCCUAGCAAACAUGAAAACAAAUCUGAUCCCAACGAACCAACCGUCAUCAUUGCUUUAGAUGGAAACUUCCAGCAGCGCCACUAUGCCUAUGCAAGUAAGGAUAACCCUUUGGAAAACAACUAUCCACAUCGAUUCCUCCAACCCUCCAAUAUCACAAGCAUUGCCAACUCAUUUGAAGCCACAGAGGCCUCGGCACCUCCGUGUGCUGAUUCACACAAGGCUGCCAAUGAUACUCGUGGAGCAUCAACUUGGGAGAAAUGUGAUGACAACGGGUUGUUUGCUAGCACUUGCCGACAUGAUGUACCCUUACUGUUUGCCAACAUUUAUAAGACCGGAGAAAAGUUAUACUACCCAGUAGCUAUAGUCAGGAGCAUUCUCACAGACUUCCCUCAACAUAAAUUUGGCAUCCUGUAUGAUCUUGGGUGUCACCUUGAAAAACAUGUCAUGCGGCGAGGUUUGUUGAAUGACCGGCUCCCAGACUUGAGAUUUGGCACAUCUGUGUUUCACGCAUACGCACAUGAAUGGUCAUGCCAGGUCAAGUACAACCCACGCUUCAACAAAUGGUGGGGUCUAUCAGAUGGGGAGGGACUUGAAAGGCUCUGGUCCUUUCUUUCCCCCUUGAUCUCAACCCUCCGUGUCUCAACUCGGUUGCACCGACUCACAUCUAUCCAGUCACGGGCAGAUUACUACACCAACGAGCUAAAUACCAAGGGGGCUCACUGGCUAUCUCAAAAGUUUGAUCAUGCUCAACAGGUCAUAUCGUGGGCAAACUCUGCCCUUGCUGAGCUAUAUGCCACACCCAACCCUUACACACCUGGCUCCAACUACAACAGGGACUUCCUCAAUCAACAGUGGAAUGAAGAGUUAUCAUACCACCUUGAUAACCCCCUCACGUCUGAGAGACAGGAGCUCGAACUUGGACGGCUGUUAUGCCUUGAAGAUGAACUCAACAAGGCCUGGGAAUUGAUUGGGAAUGCAAUGACCCCUGAACAGGUUCUCAUCCGAGCAACCACUUGUGCAAAUGUGUCUUUGCAGCUUGAGGCGCAGAGGAGAAUCAUUGCUACUAAUGAGAUUGCAGACAGCUUGCCAGCUUUGCAGAGGGAGAAGCUUGCCAUGGUCUGGUACACAAAGACAGAGGUGAGGAAAGCCUUCCUGGCACUUGUGGAGGAGAAGCAACCUCUUCUUCGGGUCUGUCGCCCAGGCGAGAGUUCUACAUUAGGUACACGUGGCCAGCAAAAGAUUAUUGAAUCAAUCCGGAAGAGAGCUGCAAAAGUCCGAGUCAUGCUUGAUAAGUACAAUAAAUUGGGCCGCGAGUUUAUUGCCGCCAACCCAGGACGACCCGGCCCUCGCUCAUUGGAAUAUAAUGACUUGCUUGAACUUCAACCUGACGACACAUUCUGGAAUGACGGUCUCUUCACCAAUGGCUCCGAACCUUGGGCCAUCGACACAUUGACUCAGCGAGGAAUACGUCGGCUAGCAUCCCUUCAACGAGGCCAAGAGGAAGUUCGACGGCUAGGCUGGGAGGUUCGAAGAUCAAUGAGAUGGGCAACCCAGCGCCAUGAAAGACUGCUGCUACUUUUUGGCGAGCUAGAAGAAUAUCCAACUGAUAAUCCUAUGGUACCACCAGCCCUACAGUCCCUUCUUGGCCAUCAAUACUUGUCAGCACAUACCAACCUGGCGGAGAAGUGGGAUUCAGCUACAUUGAUUGUGCACUCCAGCUUUCUGGAAAUAAGUGAGUUGCAGCUCGACUGGGACAGCCGAUUGCCCGAACUUUUUCAAAAGACUCCACCCCAGGACGGCGACGAUACUCUGAUAAGUGUUUGGGCUCAGCAAGUUACCCGGAUCAAGCGAGCUGUGGAUCAUGGGCUGCUCUCACAAGUACCAGGCGAUAUGACAAGCGAAUUGCUGUUUGUACUCUAUGGUGGCCAUCCUGAAUCGCUGCCAAUGGCUUUUGGGGACUCUGGUGAUGAGGAAGAAGAUAAUGAGGAGUCCUAA